AUGGAGGAAUUUACCUCCGUGCACAAGGAAUUUGUGUCCCGUAUGAAACCCGGUUUCGGUGCCAGCGACAAACCUAAAAACGUCUUGCAAUCAAGCAUUGAUCAGGCAAUUCAGGAAAUUCUGAAGCUAGAUCGUGACUGUGGGAACAAUGCUGGGCAAGAUAUGAUUGACCUGAUGAUUCGCUUCUUCACUCGGCCUCCGCCACCAGCAACAUACAAUAUUAUGGAGGAAUUUCUACUAUAUCGGCAUGAAGACGCUGCUGUUCCAUACGUCUUGGGUUGCACAAAGUUUGCGCUCAACUCUUCUGUCGAUUUAGAGAGCCCCCGUCUGUCCCGCUAUCUGCGUCUCUUCAAGCACCACGUAUCUGUGGCCAAUGAUCUUGGCUCAUGGGCAAAGGAAAAGCGAGCAUAUGAAACUGGCCAAGUUCUCUACCUGAUUAAUGCAGUGGACGUUGUGAAGAAACUUUUCAAUCUUUCAAUGGACCGAGCGGCCGUUGCCAUGACCGAAGCUCUCCAGCUACAGAUAGAGGUUGAUAUAGACGUGGAUAUUCAGCGCAUGAUUCAAGAGAAUGUGUUGACAGCAGAGGAAUGGCGCUUUGUGGAUGCUACUAUUCAUGUCAUGAGUGGCAAUGUCUUCGUGUCGUCUGUUAUGUCUCGCUAUGGUGGAGAAGCAUUCAGAUUGGUUUAA